CGGGUUUUUCACCACAGUGCAAUUCAGCAGAAGACCUGAGUUUGAGGUAAGUUCAGAGAAAUGCAAUAUGGAUGUAGGCAGUUAUUUGUCAGGUUUAAAUUUGUUGACAUUUAUUUUUCAGGAUGUGGUUUUUGUCAAGUCAGAAUCUCUGAAUUAAUGUGGAACAAAAGGAGGAACUAUUAGUUUUCGAAAGAACACCCUACAGCUUUUUCACAACAGUAAAAUUCAGCUGAAGACUUGAAAGUUGAUAUUUGUGAAGAUUGAAAAUGGCAAACUUCACAUCCACAUAUGACAAUGUGAGUGAUGGUGCUGCAUACCUUUGUGAUACUAAUGUUCCCACCAUCACUGGUCCCCUUUUCAUCUUGAUCUUCAUCCUCAGUAUCACAUGCAACAGUCUCCUCUUAUGUGUUCUCUUCAUCUACGAAAAUCUGAAAAGUAUCACAAAUAUUUUCAUCCUGAACCUGGCCUGCUCCGAUUUGAUCUUCACCAUCACACUUCCAUUCUGGGCUGUUGAUCAUCUUCACCACUGGGUCUUUGAAGGCUUUGUCUGCAAAUUCGUGACUGCUGCAUUCUUUGUUGGUCUGUACAGCAGUGUCAUUCUGCUGACUGCCAUGACAGUGGAUCGUUUCAUUACUGUGGUGCUGCACAACUGGCCGAUCAGCUAUGCCAGAAUGAAGAGGUGUGCAAUUGGUGCCUGUAUAGCUGCCUGGGUCAUCAGCAUCUCAGCGUCCCUGAGUGAUGCAAUGAAAGUAAAGGUUGAAAACUGGUAUGGUAAAAACUAUUGCUAUUAUGAAUCUGAAGAAAAGCUUGGACGUUAUCUCCAAGUGUCACUGCUAUUCUUCCUCCCAUUUGCCAUCAUUAUUUUCUGCUAUUCUGCCAUCCUCAAGACAGUUUUACAAGGUUUAAACAGAAAGAAGUUCAGGACUGUGGCUGUGCUGUUGUGUAUUGUUGCAGUCUUUUUCAUUUGCUGGGGGCCAUACCAUAUUGUGCUUUUAAUCAAGUCUCUCAAUACAAACAAAGAUUGUAAUGUACUGAAACGGUUAGAAGUUGCCUACCAUAUUUGUGAAAUGCUUGCCUAUUCUCACUGCUGUAUGAACCCUCUGCUGUAUAUGCUCUCACAGAAGUUGCGAAAGCAUCUGUUGAAUCUUUUGCGCUGUGAAAAAGUGAACAGGAAGAAGAGAGAGAGAAGCACCAGCCUGAACACUUCACAACAUUUCACAUUGCAGAGCUCUGCUGUUUAGAUGGAACUGCACAACUAUCCAUUUAACAGUCACUAAUGAAAUUAAACCUUGAUUCAGGCUGAUAGAGUCAAAGUACUUUGAUGUGUAAGUGUAUUAACACAUUCAUUGAGGCAAACAGAGAGCAGCAUUUAGAGUGACAUGGACUGUAAAAGUAACAAUAUCUGGUGUAUUUUUCCUUUUAUCUUCAGGCUGCAAAUAUGUUCAUACAAUAUCGUUUCUACUCAUUUAAUUUCAUAUCUUUUGCAUAAUUGCUUGAAAUAAAACAGAAUGUUAAAUAAAACUUGAAAAUAUGCAAUGAAUUAUACAAGUUUUCAGGUAUUUAAAAUAUUUGAUGUGACUUUUUCAUUGAGUCACAGUCAUCCUGGUAGACUCAUUUCUAAAUCAUUUGACUCUCUUCUUAAAAAAAUUGUAUUUAAUAUUCUGAUUUUUAUUCCAUUCACCUUUUUUAAUAUAUUUUAUUUAUUUAAACCUAAGGUCCAACAAUUAAUUUUUGUCCUGUGUCUGUGACGUGAGUCUGAGUCUAUGCAGUAAAAGUCUGAGUACCUGAUAUUUUCAUCCAAUGUUCACAGUUAAGGAUGUAGAGGGCAGGAUGAGACAAAUUAUUUUACUCAGAACUGUGGAAGGGGAGUCAGUCUCACAGCUGUAAGGUGGAAUAGAUAGAGAUAGCCAGACAUCAGAGCAGGAAGGUGAAAGCUCAGAGGAGGACAUAUCACCUUUUGAGGGGCCUGAGUGGGGACCUACCAUUAAUAAGAAGAAGAACUGUUAAAUGCAGGGCUCUAAAGUCUAUACACUACGAUAUGUAGAAGGGGAAAUAAGAAUGAUUUCAAUGUAAUUCACAAAGACACACACCAACUAAGAAUUUGAUUUCUUCUUUUGUCCUCUCCUCUUGUUAAUGUAAUUAAUAAUAAUGAUAUAUACAUACAAGUGCAUUAAAUCAAAUGCCUCCUUGCUUGAUGUCACUUGACUUAUCAUUUCACUUCCAAUCUGAAAUUCAACCCGGACCGAAAUUUUUCUGAUAAACAUGAAAACAGGACAACAGUGCCCACAAUCAGAGGACCACCUGUUUGGUGGUCUAAAUAUCAGCUU